AUGGAGACACCCGAUCGUCACAUUCACCCGCACGAUGCGGCGGACAGCGCGCCCCAUGUCAGCCCGGUAUGGCAAGCAACCAUCGACAAAUAUUACGAAAAGCUGAGAAGAGAGGGAGUAAAAGCCCCAGCAGUUGAUCAAGAUCUCUGGAGUAUCCAUACUUCAGAUGAUUUGCUCCAGCAAAUCCAACCUCACACCCCACAGGGCUCUACUCCCCCGGCGAACUGGAUGUGGUCCUUACGCCGACUGAAGUCGAUCAUUCUCAACAUCAAUGACUUCGUUGCCGUUAUAAAAUUGGUGCUGGGAAUGAAUGGACAGGUUGCCACAAUUAUCAGGGGAUCCAUAAGGCUUAUCCUGAAGAUCAUAUUGUUUUGCGCGCACUCCAUUGGCUGCUUUUGGAACAACCCAAAUAUAACAAAAAGCGGAGAUUUAUGGUUGAGGUUCAGUAAUGACUUCUCAAAAGUCAUAGCAGAGCUUCGGACGUCCUCCAGAAUCGUGGAAGAAAGGGCUGAUAUGAUCCGUCUCACCAGAGACACCGGCAGGAUUGACACCAUUGACGCGAUCAGGGUCUCCCAGGGACAUCAUUCCAGCAAAAAGAACCUUCCAUGUUACAUGAUCCCUUAUGGCCUGAAUCUGAGAUUCUACGGAAGAACCUCUGAGACAGAGAGGCUGGGAAAGGCUCUUGAUCCUAGGAGUCCCAGCGGAACCCUGAGAGUGAUAGCAAUUCAUGGAACCGGCGGUAUUGGAAAGACUCAGCUCGCACUACACUAUGCCAACACAUCUACGAACCUAUACGAUGCAGUGAUUUGGAUUCCAUCAGGGAAGCAAAUGAAGGUCAUGCAAACUUUGUCUACCUUUUCAAGAAGGCUAGGCAUUUCUGGCAGUGAGGACGUCGAGGAUGACUAUCAGUCAAUCCAGAAAGUGAGGGACUGGUUGAACACAUCAGAGAAAACCUUCCUUUUAGUCUUUGAUAAUGUGGAAAACGACGCAAUUCUGAACCAAAUUUGGCCCACAAGUGCAAGAGGGUCUGUGAUCAUUACCUGUCGCUCACAGUCGGUUGCGUCCAAGCGAACCGCAGAUUCAAUACAUCUCCAAGGCUUCACCCCAGAAACAGGGCUGCAGGUUUUGCUCUCUUUAACUGGCCUUCAGUCUACAAACGUGGAUGAGGAGGAUGUCGCACGAGAGUUGAUACAAAUUUUGGGUGGCCACUCUCUCGCAAUGGUCCACAUCAGUGACUUCAUAAGAGACCGAGGGUAUUCUUAUCAGGAACUGCUACCAGUCUAUAAGAAGUCCGCCGAGAAGAUACUCGCGCGGUCUGAAGUCCCCAGUCAGUAUGGGCACACGAUACGGACUGUGUGGGAUGUGUCUUUCGAAACCCUCUCCGUUGAAUCGAGGGUCCUACUUGGGAUUCUUGCUUUUUUCGAUCCAGACAACAUCCCGGAGUGGAUCCUUUCGAACACAAGAGCAAGGAUUACAGAGUCUGGUAUGCAAUUUUUAUUUGACGAGUUUGAUUUUGGAGAUGCGAUAAUUGGCCUUACAAAGAUAUCGCUCAUCCAUCGGCUUUCUUCGCACAAAGCCAUAUCAAUACAUCGCUUGAUCCAAUUCACAGUUUUCUCACGACUAUCGGCGAUGGAUAAGACCAAAUAUUUAGAUUUUGCCGUUCGGGUGUUAUCCUACGGGUUUCCGAACAGCUGGGAUGAAAGGACACACCAGCAGGGCCAUGGCUGGGAAUCUUGGGAAACCUGCGGCGCAAUUCUGCCACACGUCAGCUGGCUUAUCCGAUUGACUAGGGAACACUCUCUGCAAGUGACCGAUGUGGAGCUUUUCGCGGAAUUAAUCUUUCGCGCCGGAACAUACCUGUGGGAGAAGGAACAGCCUACAAUGGCACGCUCGUUCAUUGAAUACGGCCUCAGCCUGGAUAUCAAACAAUCUACUCCAAACUAUGCCCAAGCAUACCGUCUUCUAGGCCACAUUGGUCUCGACAUGGCACAGCCGAGAGCGGCAUUGGCGGCGUAUGAGAAAGCACUUGCUGCUCGCGAAACACUGGAGGAGCCGAAUUCCCCGCCGAUUGCUGACAUUUAUGACUCCAUUGCCUGCAGCUAUACGGAACAAGGCAGGGUCGCCGAAGCAUUCGAAUACCUGUCAAAAGCGGCCAUAUCCAUCGCGCGCACAACCCCCUUCAUAUGGGCCGGACACAAGCAAUCUACGCCAUGA